CAAGGAUUGUAGGCGACCUCAGUUACCUACCUGGGCAUCCCGUCGAGUACAGGACGAUAGACACCAAACGCCGUGCUCGUUUUCCCAGCACCACCUGCAUCGCAGCCUUGCAGGCUAUCUUGAAUGCCUCCAGCGUCUGUCUGUUAACGCUCAUGACGAGCUGCAGCAGAGUAGCGGCAUGUCUGCUUCGUCCCCACUCGCGCAAGCCCGACAAGCUGCUGGGAGCAACGAGUCGCACCAUAUAGGGCCCCCCUCGGCUUCCUCGGCCGCCCGCGAGCCUGUCACACGGGGCCGCACCCUCACGUCGAGUCGGACGCCGCGGUCACAGACGCCAGCAGCCGCCGUGGCUAGCAGCAACUCCAGCCCCGAGAGCUCGCUGCACCGCAAGGCCUCGCACUCGUAUGCGCACAACCGCAACACGUCCAUUGUGCACGGCAUCCAGCACUCGCGCAACACGAGCUUCGUCAACUCCCCCGCCACGAGUCCGCUGAGCCCCCAGGCCAUUGCCGCGGCGGGCACGGGAGGCACCUCUCUCGAUGGAGCCAUCAUGUCGCAGGACAAUAUAGCCGAGGCCUUCGCCGCAAAUGUGACGCACGCGGGUCCCGCUGUCGCAAGCGGGCAUGUAGUCGCGGGCGAUGGCGGCGUCCCCCACCGCAAGCCUGAGCGGGCUCCAAGUGGCAGGUCAUCACGAAAGGGACACAACCACCACCGCUCGCAGUCGCGACACCCCCCGCACGCCCACGAGCUCAAGACGGUGGGCGAGUAUGCGCUGCACCACCUGUUCAACUCGUUCAUCAGCCAUGCCGACCAGAAGAUGAACCAGUGCAUGCCGGACCGUGGCCAGCCCGAGCCUAGAGUCGAGCUGAUCUGCGGGCCUGGCGUCGACCCCAACUUCGACCAGCUCAUUGCUGCCCUGGGCCACAUUGCCCGCCACAAGCCCAAGCCUCUGAUAGACUCCAUCAUGCUGUGGCGCAAGGCAAAGAGUGAAAAGGCUUCGGAACUGCGUGCCCAGCUACUUCACUUUCGCCAACCGACUUCCGUCCCCAGUCCCGCCCUUGCCCGUAGACACACAGAAUCGCUCCAUCAGCAUCCAGACAAUCACUCCACAACAUCUGUCGCGUCUGGCGCUGAGCAGCUACUCACCCUGCAGCAGACCGUGACCCAGGCCGAACAGCGCUCCACCAUAUCGACGUAUAUUCUGUGUCGUGUACUCAUUGAGAUCAUAACUCAGACUGACCUCGAAAAGCUUACCUUUGAUAUGGCCGACCGGCUGCUUGGUCUCUUCUACGGCCAACUCAACACCGUAGAUCCCGAGUUGGUGGCGACAUCGACUCUCAAUCAAGCCAAUUGGACAGUAUAUAGCCAACUGCUCGGAGUUCUAAGUGUACUCAUUCCUCAUCAAGUGCAAGAGCGAUUCAUUGCCGAUCUCAAAGUUGUAGACGGCCAGCUAUCUAUCAAGGGCCAGUACACCCGAGAUGUAGAGGCGAAAGGAGCUUUGCUUAUACGUGCUCUGGGUCAUUUGAAGCUCAAAUCACAACCUGAAGAUGCCUGGGACCGAACCUGCGACUUCAUGCUGUCGUUGGCGAAGCUCUUUGCUAGUGCACAUGGUCAACCAAUGAAGUACGCCUACUGUCAGGUGCUCCGAGAUCUGUUGAUACGUAUCGCAUCCAAGACCACGGUAGAGAUCAGCUCGCCCAAAUGGAAGCCUGUGGUCGACGUCUUGAGACAAAGGACGUCCAUUCUCCUUGGCAAACCGAAACACUGGCACGAAGCUUUCCCACUCAUGACCGCAAUUUUAUGCGUCUCUCCAACGGAGACCUUCCUGUCACAAUGGCUGGCAAUUGCGUUGUCUACCCAACCCAAGCUCAAAGAACGCGCGACACGAGCAAUUGCACUUAGAGGUCUCUGUCAGCUUGCGUGGACGUACUUGUACAGAAAAGGAACAGAACCGUCCGAUGUUGCUGUACGCAAACUAGAAGAUCUGAUACGGAUGGUGUUCCAGCCAGGGCGACGAUCCUAUCUCUCGACUGAGCCCAUGAUCGCAGAACCGCUCAUUCAGCUGACACGAAUCAUUGGCUUCAAAUAUCAAGACCUUUGUUUCAAGACAAUAAUCUUUCCGCUCCUGAACUCGGAAAUGUUCGCAUCUGGCCGAGAGCUUCGUGUCGAGAAUCUCGAGCCUGAUCGAAUGGUGAUUGGCAUUCGCUCAUUUCUUGCCAUUAUGGCAGAUCUGGAGAAUAUGAAGCAGCCACCCUUCCCAGUCUCUUUCGACUUCGACCCAAACGCAAUCUCGACUGAUCUGCCAGCUCUUCCAGUUAGCCCACGUCCGCUGCAGCACCUUCCCAUGAAGUCCACGUUACUUAAAGAGGAACGACUUUCACGGCCAGUAAACUUUACAGCAUUUGCCGAGGUGGCAAAAGAGUACUAUGUCCGCUUUUGCAAGAUACUCGGAGAGAUAACAAUCAUUUGCGACAAUGCAUUUGGUGGACAAGCUGUCCUUGAUGAGAAGUUCUCAUUGCAAACGCCAAAAACACCCAUGUCUGAAGCGUUUAGCUUUGGUCGUCGAGAUGACCAUCAGCCCUCUAUAGACCCUCGCCAAGGUUUCUACGAUCUGUUACAUGUUGCUGUGCAGGCUUUGCCCCGCUGCUUAUCUCCACAUAUCCCCUUCAAUUCUCUUGUCAAUCUACUGUGCACUGGAACAGCGCAUGUCCAGGACAACAUCGCAACAUCCUCGGCACAAUCACUCAAGUCGAUUGCGCGUCAAUCUCAUGCUCAACAAGUCACAAUCGGGUUUGCUCGGUUCAUCUUCAAUUUUGAUGAUCGUUAUGCCACCAUGUCAGACGGUGGCAUGCUUGGGACUGGUCAUAUUGAGAACACAUUGAACUUAUAUGUGGAGCUGCUUCAGAUCUGGAUUGAAGAAAUCAAACAGAAAACGCGCAAAGCAGCAUUAGACACCCCAGAUGAUGGAUCCGGUAGCCGAGCCGCUCAGCUUGAUCUCUCAUCGAUCUGGACUCAGGUCGAGGAGAUCGAGUCUCACGGGUUCUUCUUUCUAUGUUCACCGUCUCGUCGGGUACGAGCUUAUGCAGUAACAGUCCUUCGUCUCAUCACAGAGUUUGAUACGGCUCUAGGUGGUUCUAAUACAAGAGUCAUCCGUGUGAUAGAAGGAAGUCCCCAGAGGGUCAUGGAUAUCAGCGACGACAAGCUAUCCCUUGCUGAAAGGAGCCGCCUUCAGCGUGGUAUGCGCAAGAGCAACGUACAGAGCACGCUGGUCGAGCUUUGUAGUAGCGACGUUCCUUACGAUUCCACACUCUGGUUUAAGAUCUUUCCUAAUCUGGUUCGCAUCAGCUUUGAAGUUUGCCCUUUUGCUAUCACGCUCACCAAGGACAUUGUUUGCGCCAGACUAUCUCAGAUGUAUCGAACGAUGCUCUCUCUAGCCGAUGGUCAUCGUGCAACACCAUACUCGCCGUACGAGUCUAACAUGGGUAAGAUCAGCAAUCGUCUUGCGUCUACAUCACCAGAUGUCGUCAUUGAGCAAUGGAAGCUUUAUCUUAUAUUUGCCUUUACGACCGUGACGAACUUGGGUUCUAAUGUCGCCUCGUCGACGCAUAGCCACGUUUCGCAACAUUCUCGAACAAGCUCUAAAUCGUCCCAGAAGAGCUCGAACAAGGUACAUACAGCCACCGAGCUAUUCUCCAAAGUUCUGCCGUUUCUGUCUGUGGAAGAAAGUGCCAUACGAGAUGCUGCUGUCGUCGGCCUGGGGUCGAUUAACAAACUUCUAUACCGUUCGUUGCUUCAAUCCCUUCAAGGCCAUGUUGCUGCGUGCGCCGAGGAAGCCAAAAUACGUUUGAACACACACAACCGGACACUCAGUAGCCCACGGCGCAAUCGACGUACGGACCACCUUCGAACCGAGAUCACCCAUGUCUACAAGCUUACAUCUCAAUUCUUGAAGCUGCCUGAGGCAUACAACGACGAGUGGAUCGUGAACAAUCUUAUGAACUAUACGAAGGAUUUGAGGAUCUUUUUGAGUGACGCCGAGAUACAAAAUGAAUGGGAGUUCCAAAAGCUUCGCACGCACUAUUGUGGCCUUAUCGAGGUACUGUUCGAGGGCAUCAACAGAACAAGCGAUCCUCUGCACUGGAUGCCAUUCCAGGCUCGCAAAGCAGCCUUCACCCUGAUGGAGGAUUGGUGUGGCUAUUCGGCCAAUCAGCCGCAGAUUCGGCAACGAGAAGAGAAUAUGAGGCGUUCUAUGCGAGAUCGCGAGAUCGACAUGGGCAACAAGGGCAAGGCGCCUGCUGCUAUGGAAAUUGAGAAACGUGAUCUUCGGACAGCGGCCCUCAGUGCUAUGGCUGCAUUGUGUGACGGACCAGUCAGCAUCACGACUGAUAGCAAGGUCUUGCUCCAGUUUGACGUUCGAAGAAUGCUCUCUUGGAUUGACAGCAUCUUUGAGACACCCAGCGAUCGGACACAUACAAUCGGUCGUCGAGCGCUGACGAACUUGAUCAUCCACAAUCGCGAGCAUCCUUACCUUCUGGAUCGGGCAAUUGAGAUGUGCUACCUCUCCAAAUCUUCCAAAGCCCUUGAAAGCUAUUUCGAAGUGGUCACUCAAGUCCUCACGCAGCGUGAGGAUUAUACGCUACCUUUCUGGAAAGUCUUAAGUGCCGGUCUGUACACUUUAGGGCAUGAAAACAGCCAAUUGCGCAUGAAGUCGGCUCGGUUGCUCAGGAUCCUUGAAGCUCAUGAGCAAAAGAACUCUAAACUACAGGAUUUGGAUAUCUCCAUAUCAGAUAAGACAAUCGCUGUCUACAAGGCUGCCCAAUUCGACAUCUCACGCCGACUUGCUAAACAACAUUCAGAACUCGCUUUUCUGGUGUUUUCUCAGUUCUCGUACUACUUCAAGGAGCUCCAGCCCGACCAUCAACGCAAUAUGGUAGCCGCCAUGUUACCCUGGGUUCAGACUGUUGAACUACAGGUCAAUCCUGACGGGGGGCCCACUGCAAACUCCUACAUGCUUCUGGUCAAUCUCUUCGAGAUCACUGUUCGCUGCGGUAAUGCACUGCACAAUGAGAUUCAAGCGCUUUGGCAAGCUUUGGCCACGGGACCAUAUGGUGGCAACGUACAACUAAUCCUGAACUUCAUCAUCAAUCUCUGCUUAGACAAACGUGAACAGAACUAUGUUGACUUUUCGAAGCAAAUCGUAGUCUAUCUCUCCAACACGCCGGCUGGCUUGAAGGUCGUAGAAUUCCUGCUUCUCCAGAUCAAUCCGCGAUCUAUGGUGAGCGAAAAACGCGAACCAACACCACCGCCACCCGAUGCUGUCAAUCUUCCUUACUUAGCCGAUCUUAGCGCCUUGCUUCCAAGCAGCAACAAACAAUCUGGAUUUGCAUUGGGCCAAAUAUGUCUCAUCUUGCUCGUCGAUCUGAUGGUAUCGCCUGUGCAACUUGCCAAUGAGCACAUACCUUUACUGAUACAGGUUAUUCUCGUGCUUUGGGAUCAUUACACUCCCGUAGUACAGGACCAAGCGAGAGAGAUGCUAGUGCACCUCAUUCACGAACUUGUCAUUUCCAAGAUUGACGACGACACGACGGGCAUUGACAAACGAAGUAUCGAAGACUUCAUCGAAAGCGUUCGUCAACAUGACACUAAAGUAGUAUGGAGUUACGAUGACAAAAACGGCAAGGAUCUAGAAGACACCAGCUCCAAAGUUCCAGAGUCGAUGGAAUAUGUUGCCGGCGAGGUUCUCAAGUUUUUCUCACUUGAAUAUCCUGGACUUAAGGAAGCUUGGGGUAGAGUAGCUUUGAACUGGGCUACGUCGUGUCCAGUUCGACAUCUCGCAUGUCGAUCCUUCCAGCUCUUUCGUUGCAUUCUGAGCUCGCUCGAUCAACAAAUGCUCUCUGAUAUGCUUGCAAGGCUUUCAAAUACCAUCUCAGACGAAGAGAGCGACAUCCAGACCUUCUCGAUGGAAAUAUUGACGACACUACGAGCGAUCAUCGAAGCUCUAGCACCCGAAGACCUCAUUCAGUAUCCCCAACUCUUCUGGACCACUUGCGCUUGCUUGGAUACUAUUCAUGAAGGCGAAUUCAUGGAGAGUUUACUCAUGUUGGAGAAGUUCCUGGACAAGCUUGACCUCUCCGAUCCCGAUGUUUUGCUAGUUCUUGAGGAUAGUCGCCCAGAGAGAUGGGAAGGCAAGUUUGAAGGUCUUGCUCAGCUCACAUACAAAGGUGUUCGAUCAAGCUUAUGCGUAAAUCGAUCGUUGCGCCUUCUCGAGAGAUUGGUCGUCUUACCCUCAAGCCGUAUCGUGGGUGACGACAGCCGACUGGUCUUCACCAUCUUGGCAAAUCUACCAAGAUUUUUGAGAUCCUUUGACUCCACUGUGAAGGAAUCUAGUGUCAGGAUAAGUGCCGAGGUGCUUGCUCGGGUGGCUCAGGAACACUAUCAAUGUACCGCGCUUUCGGAUGCGCUGACAGCUUUCUCGAUGAACAGAUAUCGCAUGGACAAGGACUUUCUCGCACAGGUGCUAUCAGCUAUCCGAACGAUGUUCUUCCCUGAGCUCGAAUUUGGUAGCUUAGUGUUCCUUCUGAGCCUUCUCACCAACAAGAUCGACUGGGUGAAGAUCAAAACCAUGGAUGUCCUGUGCGUUCUCAUCCCCGAAAUCGAUAUGCGAAGACCCGAAAUAGCUUCAAAAAGCCAUGACCUUUUCUCUCCGCUUUCAAGAUUGUUGCAGAGCGAACUUUGUCCGCAAGCUUUGCGAGUUCUCGAUUUCGUUAUCAAUCUCAGCUUGAUCAGCACACCAACCAUUUCCGAGAAACAACUCAUUCGCAUGAGCAUGGCUGGCUCGCAUUCGACUAGGGGCUAUAGGAAACAGUUCGAGAAGACCCAGUCGUUAUACGGGAUUCCUGAAGAUAGCGGUUGGUCAAUCCCUAUGCCUGCUCAUCACUCGCACUUGACAAGGGCCAAUGUGCAUGCCGUCUUCUACACUUGUAGCAGCUCUGAGGAUGCUGAUGCACCAGAAACGGAGACGCCCAAGAUCGAGUUUCGCCAGGAAGAAUUCCCCUUCAGUCCUUUGUCAGACUACCGAACAGCAACCAUGACAUCUGAGGAUACGCGCGGCGAGAGUCACAUUGGCGAGCUGGUCAUGAAGCUGGAUAGCCUGGACGAUUUCUUUGAAGACGACGACGACGCCGAGACGUUGACUGAUCUACCCAAUUUCUCCUCCUCUAGCCGUCAUGCGAACAGUCCGUACGCAACUCCCCUGCUAGAGAACCUGUACGAUCAGCAGACAGCGCCUAUUCUGCACAAGAGCCUGACGCGCAACGCGAGCGUGACCUCCUUCCAAUCGGGAUUCAUCUCCGAUGUCAAGUUGUCCCCAGCUAGAGAUCCUGGUGUCAUGACGCCCGCUGCAUUCAGCACCUUCACCUCCACACCGCCCUUGUUGAACAUGCCUGCACGUCCGGGUCUGCAUGCCCGUUCCGUCACAUCGCCCUCCGCGCCGAACCAGGUCCAACGCGUCUCGCCCUUGCUGACUUCCACCGUUGUCGACGAGCUUGCAGAGUCCUUCUCCGACGACGAAAUGGUAACUGGUCGCAUACAUGACGCGGAGAAGUCAUUCAAUCUCGAAGGCACGGUCAGACCUGUUGGACACGAUACAAAGAGCCGGUUCCGAAACGGAAUGAGAAGACUGACCGGCGGAGGCGGCGAUGCGAAGGAUGGGCUCAAGACAAGAGAGGCGAUCAAACUGGCGCUGCAGAAGAGUCCCCAGGUUCCAAAGGUGCCUGAUAUCUAUCUUGUUAAUCCGAAGAGUUCGGAUCUAUGAAGCGUUGUCGUAUUGGUCAGGCGGGGAGUUGCAUGGUGCGCGGAUCGUUUCAUGGCGUUUUGCGUGACGAGAAAGGGGAGGGAGGUAAUGUUUAUGCCAUCUAGCUGACUCUGGGAAAUGUAGAUGGAUCGUAAUGUUGGGGUCGUAUGGUGGUGGUGGUGGUGGUGGUUAUCUCUCACCACCAAGGUGUUGCAUGUCAUGUAUAGAAAGUCCUGGCGAAACGUUAAACGCUCCUUUUUUUCGCCAUAUACCACUUUGAUUUCAAUCAAGACGCUAUUUUCCAG